AUGUGUGCGUUGUAUGUGAGAGGACCUCGGGUCCUCUCGCUCCGUUGUUUCCUCUACCGAAGACCCGGAACCACUGCCCUUCAACCCAAUGCUCUCGCUUGGCUCGCUCGAGAGCCGGCAUCACUGUCAACGCGAGCCAAUCAGACGCGGCCACCAACGGACUCCCCACUCGUUGACAUUGCAUAUCUUGCCGAACAACAGCAAUGUGAAAGUUGUUCAGAACCGUUUUGGCUGGCGUUCAUCGAAUCCGAAUUGAGACGUGGAUUAGCUUCGACUCUCAGUAUACGGUGCAACAAGUGUUCAGCGGUCAAAAAAGUGAACACGUCAAGAAAAACUCUGGGAGUUGAAGGUUAUGCCUUGUACGAUGUCAACUGUAAAGCUGCAUUAGAUUCGAAAGCCAAAUUGGAAAAACUGAAGGAACAAAAAAAUCGUGAAUCAAACAUCGACAGUAUCACCGGCUCUGACGACCAUGAAUUUCUCGAUACGAAAGUCAAAUGUGGAUCGUCGAUUACAAAGUUGCAAAACGAACGCAAUUGUCGAGCGAAAAAUUCAAUUUCUGAAAACCUCGAGAUUCCGAAUUCAGAUUCAGAGAUCAGCAAUGAAGAAAUAGGAAAACUUCAAAAAUGUGAAUCAGAUAAUGGAAAACAAAAUAAGUAUAAUGAAGAAAAGAUUUGCAACCAAGAAACUGCUAUUAUUGAAUCACAAAAAAUUGACAAAAUUGUCAAAAUUAUCUUAUCAACAGCCGACACCGAUUAUUCUAGAAUUGAAUCAUCAACAGCUGAUCCGCAUACUACGUCCUUUACGAAUCACCGCAACAAACAGAAAAAAAUGAUGCAAUUAUUACAUUGCCAGUCGACACGGAUAAUUCUGGAAUUGUAACAAUAUCUGAGGUGCAUACAACGUCCAUUAUCGAAUCACAACAAAUUGGAAAAACUGACAAAAUUAUGUUAUCGACAGCCGACAUGGAUAAUUCUAGAAUUGAAUCGUCAAUAACUGAUCCACAUACUACCUUUAUCACCGAAUCACCGCAACAAACAGAAAAAAAUGACGCAAUUAUUGCAUCGACUGCCGACAUGGAUAAUUCUAGA